AUGGACAACGGAACGACGUCGACGGAUGCGACUCCUGCUGUCGCUGCGACUCAGCAGGCGGCUAGCACGGGUCGAACCCUGCGGCCGAGGAAGACUGCGGCUGCAUCAACGAAGCAAGCAGGCCAAGCCAGGCCAACAAGAGGCAAGGGCAAGAAAUCUGUGCGCACUGCUGGCGCGAGUAGAGCUCGGCAGCAGGAGACCGAGUCGGUCCCGGUGGGGUUGGGAGGUGGCUCGAUGCCGCUGACGACCAGCCAGGAGACCGACUACCCUUCGGUCGCGCACCCGAUCUUUAUGGUCACUGCAGCGCCGAAGGUCGAAGACAUCUCGCACGAAGCGCUCACCCGCUGGGUCGACCUUCGGCUCGAGUACGAAGAGAUCAUGAGGGCGCGCUGUUCUGUCAUGCGUUCGAUACGCAACUCGUUCGACGACAGCUUCCUCGAGACACUGUGUGAGACGAAAUGGGAUAAGUCAAAGGACGAGCUCAGCGAUGAGUUCAUCUGGGAGUGGAUCAUGGCGACCGUACGGAACUUUAAGAACAACGCUUUGCCGAACAUCGACGAGUUGUUUCAGGCUCAGCUAGUGAUGUCAACAACCAAGUCUGAUAUUGAUGCGAGAGUCAUGGACUAUUGCCACCUGUGCAACACGAUAGUGAAAACGAAUGGGCUGACGGCUUUGUUCUCAGAGGAGGACGGGACCAAGAAGAAGUGCAAGGUCCUGCUCAACUGUCUACCUCGAGAAUUGAAAAUCCGAGUGAAGAACGAGAUUGAUUUUCGCUUGCCUGCCGCAAAGUCCAGUGUGUCGCUGCUGUUCAAGCUCGUGAGUGAGAAUGCGUUGGAAAUUGAUCGCGAGGACAAAGCUCACACGAAGAACAAGAGGCGACCUCACACGCAGGAGUCAAAGCAGGAAUUGGCCUCGAGGCCCCCGAAGCGUGGCAGAAUCAAAAUUGGUGAGGGAGGUGUGAAUUUUGAAGUGAUGACAUUGAAGACCCCGAUCGAGUACAAGCUGCCGGGUGGAGAGCAGACGUGGGCGCGCGAAAUGACGAAACUAAGGCUCUCGCUCAUGACCGCCGCUGGCCCUGUCAAUAUUCUGAAACCGGUGCCGUGUUUGAUUCUCGAUAAUAAGGAAGAUGAAUUUUUACUUGGAGAUAAUGUGCUGAAGGCUUUAGGAAUCGAUGUCGAGCGCCAAUUGGAGCUGCUAGCCACACCAAGAGGCGACGACGGAGAUGACGACGAAGAAGUUCCUGAAGCAGCAGCAGGAGACAAUGACGCGGAGGCGAUUCGACAGGCAGUAGAGGCAAUGAUCCAGCGUGCUCUAGAUGAAGGCUUCCCUGCCGACAAAGUCGAGCGACUGCGCACGAUUGUGCCGUACAAGGCGAAGCCUCGCAAGUAUGCGCCCGAGUACCAGGCAUUUCUUGAGUCGUUCAACGAGAUGUUGGUGAAGCUCGG